CCUCUCUCUCUUGCAAAAUGGCGGCCACAGCUCCUGCUGCGGCUCCUCCCGCGGCCGCCCCGCCGCAGAGUCCGACGGCGGCUCCCGCCGCCCCGGCGGGGAACGCUGCCCCCGCGGCCGCGCCGGCCCCGCCGGCCGCGCCGGCCCCGCCACCCGCCGCGCCACUGUCAGCCGCGCUCUCGGGCCCUUUCCCCGGCGGCCGCGUGGUGCGGCUGCACCCGGUUGUGCUCGCCUCCAUCGUGGACAGCUUCGAGCGGCGCAACGAGGGCGCGGCGCGGGUCAUCGGGACGCUGCUGGGCACCGUGGACAAGCACUCGGUGGAGGUCACCAACUGCUUCUCCGUCCCGCACAACGAGUCCGAGGAUGAGGUGGCUGUGGAUAUGGAAUUUGCCAAAAACAUGUAUGAGUUGCACAAGAAGGUGUCUCCUAGCGAGAUCAUCUUGGGCUGGUAUGCAACAGGUCACGACAUCACGGAGCACUCAGUCCUGAUCCACGAGUACUACAGCCGGGAAGCACACAAUCCAAUCCACCUCACCGUGGACACGAGUCUCCAGAACUCACGCAUGAGCAUUAAAGCCUAUGUCAGUGCCCCAAUGGGAGUCCCUGGUAAAACUAUGGGCGUGAUGUUCACACCACUAACAGUGAAAUAUGUUUAUUAUGAUACAGAGCGGAUAGGAGUGGAUCUCAUCAUGAAGACCUGCUUCAGCCCCAACCGAGUGAUUGGCUUGUCCAGUGACUUGCAGCAGGUGGGGUCGGCCUCAGCCAGGAUCCAGGACACCCUGACCAUGGUGCUGCAGUACGCCGAGGACGUGCUGUCUGGCAAAGUGGCUGCUGACAACACUGUUGGGCGCUUCCUGAUGGAUCUUAUUAACCAGGUGCCAAAGAUUUCACCAGAGGACUUUGAGACCAUGUUGAACAGCAAUAUCAAUGACCUACUGAUGGUAACCUACUUGGCAAAUCUCACACAGUCACAGAUUGCUCUGAACGAAAAACUUCUGAGUUUAUAAAGAAAUUUUGCCACCCUACACUUUAAGGAGCCUGAAGAAUGAGCAGAUACACUUUUCUGUGGUGUUAGAAAUUUCCUUGGACUGUAAUUUAAUUAUCUACAUGACUUGGUUUACAUCAUUAUUUCCAUUGCUCUGAAAAGUCCCUAACAUGCUUUAGGAAAUGAAUGGGAGCGGCUGCAGUUCAGUUGAGCCUGGUGUUUUAACAUGAAAUAUGAGAAUCUUAGGUCUUGCGGAUUUGUCUACUUGUAUAACAAAAUAACAGCUUUAUUAUAAGAAUGUAUUUGGAAUAAAAGUUCCAUUGCAGUGGCAACAA